GUUGAUCUUGAUGGAGCAUUACUGUUGACCAAUGAUCUUAAGACAAGCACAAAUAAUUUCGGUGGGCGUGUUCUUGUAAGUAGGCAACCUUUUCUAUUGAGUACUGGUAUGUGACACUGACGGACUUCCCGUCUGAGAAGGAAGUGCGAAACUUAAUAGCGGUCUGGGUCGGUACGAAAAUGCAGCAUAUCUGACAACUGCUUCUGCCGGGCCAGCGCUGGCCUUCGACAUGCGGCCGGAGCUAUUUCCAUACUACGCGGCUCCUGCUACGCGGCGUUGGUCCUGCUGUGUAAAGCGGCCAGAAUGCGUUUCGCUGGCACGCACUAUGAAGACAGACGUACUGCGGAAGCCUCCCGGGGUGUAUAGAUAUGCCGUUUCCGCAGCAAGAAACCGAAUAAAGAUCAUUGGGUUUGGCGCUACAGCCUCUGUGGCAGGGAACGGGAUUUUUAGCAGGCGCUGGAGUGGUCGUCCCGUGUCGUGGGAGACCUGUGCGCAACACCGAAGGGCAUUCAGCGGCGCCGCAUCGAGCGUUGCACUACAGGCAACAUGCAGGACGGAGAAUGCUAGUGCUAGUGAUGCCAAUCGAGGGACAAUAACAAACCGCAGUCAGUCCCUAGGGGAGAGCCUGGCGCGUAACGCAAAGCGGGCCCUGCGGGAGGGCGUGGAGGACUGGGACUUCUGGCGCGCUUUGGCCGACAAGACGACACAGGUGCUGCCCACCCUGGCUGUUACGCAGAUAGCCGACCUGCUAGCGGCAUUUGCGGCUGCGGAAGCGUUGGUGGUAAACAAACCAUCCCCGGCAUACGCUACCGACCGCAAAUAGCUGGCACCUAAGUCUGGAAUACUGUAACAGUUUGUCAUGCCGUUUUUGAAUAUUAGUUACCAAAUGCAUUCCACCAUAGCACCGCAGGCUUUUUUUCACAUUUCUUCCGUGAUGUCUGUCCUCCCGCAUGUUUAAUAGAGCCUUCUUUGGGAAAGGAAAGUACCGGAAAGUGAGAAGCUUCUGCUUCUCAUCCAAGAGACAUUUUUGCGUGAUCCCGAAUGAGAAGUACAAAUUCAUGACUUUUCGACCGAGGCUUUUUGCAAUGCAUACACACAGCAUCUUCAAGCACAUGGUCUACUGCGGAGCGGUUCGCUUCCGAAGAGGACCAUACAUUUGGUACAUCAUCGUCCCGAACCGCGCAGAUUAUUCGGAGAAAAAAGAUUGAUCAUCUGUAUGUACCCUUUUGUAUUCCUGCAAUAAUACAGCAUUGCUUUAGAAGAAGUCUGUCAACAUGCGAAAAGCAAAAAAUGUAUUAUGGGCAAGAUUCGAUCGCAGGAGGUAGAGGUUUUUCCUCGGGUGCUCCUGCGACACACGUUUCUGCAAAGGGUAAUAAAUUACUGAUGGGGCUUUUUGUCUUCAUUGGGAUUUGCGACUUCACACUGUUCCGGGCCUGCUCGCACGCGAUUAAAUGUCAACUGGAGCUUCAGGGCAGCGCCGCCGAUCGAUGUUCUGAUGCUACGCUUACCGCUUCUGCUGUGAAGAAAUUGCUGAUCGUAUCUUGUGUAAAAACCUCUACUUCUUAAACCCCGUAUCAGAAAAACGCGGUAUGUAAUAUGUGGCAGCUGAUUCCCGUAAUAAAUGCUUGGCAUCAACAACAUGGGAUCCGCGUGAAAUUCUAGCUCAAUGAGCAAGCAAAGAAGUGUGCCUGGGAAGAACUCGGGGGGAGGUACGUUUUCACGCAGGAUAGAUCGCGUUUAGUCGGUUGCGCUACGUGGACGUGGAGUUGGUUGAGACACUGGAGCAGCAUUGGCUGCUGGGGCGAGGCUUGCUCGGUGCGUGGAGUGCCAAGGACGGCGUCGCGGUCUUGCAAGCUUACGUGGUGCUGCAGAGAAGCCGGCUGCUGGUGGUGCCGGGGCGAAGCCAAAAACAACCAGCACCUAGUACUCUUCAAGCAGGACUAGGCAGUGCACCGUUUCCCCCGCGAGUUUCAACGUCCGAAGGCGAUUUCCGGGCAGAAACAAUACAUUCCUCUACGACAGCAUCAACGGUGUCCAUACAUUCCUCGACGACAGCAUCAACGGUGUCGGAUAGAAAUGCUUACCAUUCGGACGAUCUUUCGUGCGAUGCUCCUGCUCUUUCCGCCCGGUACACGGUCUGGCGGUAUGACACGCGAAGCCUUUCCGCUGAAUAACACCGGGGGUGAGGUCGGGCAGGAACGACCUACUUGAUCAUUGACGGACUUAGGUAUGAACUUCGUUAUUUCAUUGCGUGACCGUGCCGGCGGCAGGCAGCCAUUUGAUAUUGAUGUUUAGAGUUGGACUGCUUAUGCACAGAUGCAGAUAUGAGGAUCGCUUCGUACGAUGUCCAACAUAUGACAAAGCUCAAACUUUAUACAUCCUUUAGAGUUGAGUACUUGCGACGACGUGAGCCUUCGUCAUUACUACAACCCCUGCUUUUUUAGCUACACACGACCGGAAAUCACAAGUUGAUAAGGAGGAAACUGCCGUCAGGACGGCUUGCAUGCGAUCUAGAAUCUCUGAAAAACUACGCAAGCCUUGGAGAAAAGCGAAAACCGGUAUAAAAGUGCUUGCUCGCCUCGCGCGUUCGCUGUUCGACUUUCCCUGACGUGUAGUUGCGGAUUUCUGAGGCUGCAUAAUUGCGAGAUCUUGGCUACGGAAGUGUCAGGUGGGACAUCGGCAGGAGGGAAGAAAGAAUUUGCAGUGCUUGAAGUGCUCCAUUUCCAGUGCCAUUGUUGCAUGGAAGGCAGGGUUGCCCGAUGGAUGAUAAGCUUCUGAAGGCAUGCGCUCGCUGUAAUUGUAUGUAAUUGAAUUUUUCUGAUUCUGACGAUGUGCCACGUGCCGCCUCCAUAGUGGCCAUUCUGAGCGAGGACUGCCACGAGCUGUCGCCUCCGGAGCUCGCGCGCGCGCUGGAGUGUCUGUCGCUGCUUCGCAUCCAGCACUAUGAACAGCAAAUAUCUGUCAACGCUACAAGAAGAAACACGAUGCGGAACAACUCGGGUCAGAAAUCGCGUUCCUACACGUGAAUCUAUGUGGCGCUCAUUCGCUUCAUGCGUCACAUAUUCUCAUAGAUAUAAUCUGUAUUGGGCCCCCGCCCCGGGUGCAUUUUCAUUUUGCAUUUGUUUUCAUACACAACUACACUGACCUGCAAUGCGCAAGCUUCGUACUAUGCCGUACCAUUUGAAAUUCGCAAUGCAGGCCAGAUGCUUGACAAAUUUGCCUAUGCAUAAACCCGACAGUGUGGCAACCGUUAUUCUUACUGAAGCGGCGACGCGAUUGCACGAAUUCGCCGUGCCCGAUUUGCUACGCCUCUUGGAGUAUCAAAAUCAAACGCAAAUAUGCUUGCUCUGGAAGACUGCAGAAGAUUGUCCUGCAGCUUGUCUAUGCCACAUGACCAGGAGGUCUGCAAUGCAUGACGUAGCAUCACACUUUCUGCAAGGUAAUUGCAAUGGCCAUCCUGGUGGUCUAUGAAAAACGUCCUCCCAACUUGACACGAAGCAGGGGACACCUUAUGGUAGUCAUGCAAGACUACAAAUCUGACGCAUAAUAUUCAUACUAGCAGACUGAGGCAGGUUUGCAUUUUAUAUGGAGUCCCACGCCCGCACGUGCCAUUACGCUGCCCACUUUCGAUAUCCUGUGGAAAAUGGUACCCGUCUUCAUCCUAGAGUUGUAAUGCAGCCCGGUCAUGUCCAUGUGGAUGCCCAUGGCGUGUGUAUCAACAGCAAGUCAUUGUGGAAUGCAACUCCCCAUGAGACGAAGAAGCACUUCCAUAUCUUUCUAUUUUGUGUACAGGAUGAUUAUGCGGCCAUGAUAUCCAACAACGGAUCGACCGGGGCAAAACUCUGUCGCGCACAAGCUACAUGGCUACUUUAUAUGUGUAGCAGAGGAGGUCUUCUGAUGUUGACUGACAAUUAUGGGGCGGGUGAAUUUUUACACAUAGUAUUUGAGCCAACGAAGCCUCGACCACAUUCGACAUGAGAAAGGUAACUUUUUUGGAAGAGCGACUCGACGCGGAGUGCGAUCGGCCGACGGCGCCGCCGUCGACCUCCUGCGCGGAUUUUCUGCGAUGUGACGGCGAAGGCGAACCAGAGGCCGGGAGCCUCGGAGUUGUGCGCCGCGAAAGGCCGAAUGAGAACGAGGGGACAUUACGGAAGAACCCCACCAACGGGAAGAAAAACGAAAAAAGCCCAGUGACACCAGUAGCGGACGAGGAGAUGAAGUCUGGCGCACCAGGGCCGUACAAAAACAAACGAGCUAACCUGGUGGCUUUCGGCGGUGCGGCGGCGGGUGACUCGCACGCGCAAGCGAAGAAGCAGAAGCUGCAAGGUGCAGCCAAACAUGUUACGCCGCCGGAUGCCGUACUAACUGCAAAAAAUUAUCCUGGGUGCGGAGAAUUGCUGACAUUUGUCAUACUUACGGACCCUGUCCCUUUCACAAAAUACUAAGAAGUUCGCACUGCAUGCCAGCAGAUCAAUAUGCACUUUUAGUAAUUUGACCUUUUCUUCUUGCGGCUCGUUAUUCACACGUUUCCUCAGGCGUUAGAUAUUUUCGUGUGAACAUAAUUUCAUCGACUUCGUGUCCAGACCUGGAAAAAUGAUUUGUAGUGCAUAGGCUGGGGAAAGAACUAGCGGCGGGCUCGGUGCAGAAUGUUCUAGACAAAUAUUAGCGGGUGGGGCGCGAGAAAAUUUUGCCUCACGAUACGUCGGAGAAGCUGCUCUUCCAUUGUCGGAGCAGCAUGCCAAAGAAGACGAAAAACAUCAAGAUCGUCAAGCAAAGAUGUCGGUGGCCGCGGCGCUGGACAAGGUUACCGCACACCUGACAACGCACGGACUCGGGCAACUACCGUUUCCGGACAUGCUACGCUUGCUACGCACCCUGCAGCAGCUGGAGGCGCGGAAGUUCGACACACUACUGUUUAUCCUGUGUGAAAAAUACCACCGACCUGGCCCAAAAAUUCUUGGCAGCGAAGAAGUCUACGUGGAUAGCGAUAGUUUACUGCACCUCCUGGGCAGUGCCACUUGGUGGAAGAUUUUCGUGCAGAUGCAUCCUCGCACAUUUCGACGAAGUGUGCGAGGAUGCUCUGAUAGACCUGGAUAGGAGAGUAUCAUGAGGUGGUCGAUUUAUGAUGUGGCUAGACGAGCGAAGCACCAGCGGCCCAAUGGUGCAUUGCGAUUGCGAGCGGCGCGGGGCUACCAGGACCGCUUGAUUUAUUUUUGUAGCAAGUCUCUAUCAGCUUGAUUAUCAUUAUGCGGCUGGGAAGCUUUUACACAGGAUGCUGUUUCACAAAAAACUAGCGCCUCGGUUCCGUGCGCAGCUGAAGUCUCUGCAGCUGCUAUCCUCUCGGAAAGUAGCGUCCCCACCCUGUAACUGCGUACUUAGUCCGACGGUAGGCUCUGUCAAUGCAUCAAACACGAUAGAUUCCGCCAGUUUCCUCUCGUGUCAAGUCAUGGUCGUUGCACAGGCGUCCUCGGUUGUUCGAGUCACAUCAAUCUUCGGAGCCGCAUGAUUGGCACAAGAAUUACGGCCUUGAAUGCAUUUUUUGUACCCUACUACAUGUAACUUCAUUAUCCAAUGUAUGCAUUCAGGGAUGGUCGUUUCGAUUUCCCUUCACGGGAAGACGUUCAGUCUGGUGGGGAUGUUUUUACGUGGGAUAAGUACAGGCACGAUUCGAGCAGCUGGCAGAGCUACUGGAGCUGCUUUAUCCAGGAGAAAUAAAAAGAGGCAGUCCAUGCCAUGCAGUUGCGCGACUUUAAUCUGGCAUAAUUUGUAGUGUCUCUUCAUCUUCUCUUGCAUUUCCAUACGACGCGGUCCUGUGUCAACUGUGUUUAUACCAUGAUGUGUCAAGUCUGCACGGACGUACAAUCUGCGUUUCGUCUGGUGCCAACAACUCAUACAUAAUUUGCUUUUGGUACUAUCACCAUCGAGAACGUCCGACGUGCAUCACGACAUUGUUUAAUUCACAUGCGCUCCUCGUCAUGCAUGGGUUUGGGUUUGCGUUUGUUUUGCAUAGGCUUUCCCGGGUGCCUACCUUCGGCGAGCAGGCAAUCGAGCUAGUCCGGGACGUCGUGGAUCUUUUGGCUUCGCUUCCUUACGAAAAGCGCACGGUGCGCGGGCUCUCGUUGUCGCUGAUUGCGGUGUACCACCUGGGUUGGCUGCUGGGCAUAUUGCGAGGAAAUAUCCCCCCACCCCAUAUCAAAACGAAGUUUCGGAUGCUGGAUUUGAGUACACAAAUCAGGUCUUGCAGAAAGUGCUUGGCGGCAAUUUCUGAGCCUGUUUGGGUAUGCAGAAGGCUAGCAACUACGCAUGGAAAACAGGUUUGCAGUAGCCGAAAGCGCAUGACAGAUUGGCUUUGGAAUGCGCCACAUGGCUCCUAGCGCUAUAGGCAAGACAAAGAUGAUUUGUGACCACAAAUCAGCAUCAUGAUAUGCUGAGGGGGGAUUUUUCCUUUUGAUAGGGCACGGACAGCCUAGAGAACUGUUUGCUGGUCGUACCCAAGCGGUGAGAGUUGCCCGAACCAUUUCCGAGAUGUUUGUCUUGCAAAUAAAAGGUUACGUACAACAUGGACGAGAUGUUUUGAUGUCUUGCUUGACGUGAUGAUGCGACGCAUAGAUAAUAAAAAAAAUUACGCAAGUGGUUUGUAGAGCCUCGCAUUUUAUUGUGCGGCGAAGGCCUGUUGCGACGUUGCUGAUAAGGCAUGUUGCUGCACGGCGUCAGGUCUGUCGGUACAGAAGUCGCACAAUGAAGAACACAGACGCUGGCGCAUUGGAAAAGUGAGGGCGCUUUAUAUGUUGAUAGACCGGCGGCAGCGACCGAACUCGUGUGUACGAUGACGAGCGGGUCUUUUACGACCCCCCGCCGCUUCCCGGGGGAUCACAAGUGGCUGGCCACCUUGGGCUUCACACGCACGACCCUGGGAGCUGUGCUGGUCUGCUCUGCCUGCACAACGACCUUCUGAAACCGGCACCGCCACGGCAACUGGACCUCCUGGAUAGAGUCCUAGCCCGCUACUACACGAGAAGUGGAGAACAGCAUGCAACGAGGACCUCUGGCACCGGACCACUGGUGCAGACAAGUAAUAUCGAGACGUCUGGCGGGCUCCCUGACCGAUUUCAAAUCCAGGAGGAGAGCAUUCUGGGAGCCGCACGGCGGGCGCGCACCUACCUGCGGCAUUUUUUGAAUAAACCCACAGGUGCUGCUAGGCGGGUUGUUUGACCCGGACGUAGAAGAAUGUGGUCGUGUGGAGAACUAAUAUUUCCCACUACAUCUAACGAAAGUCAACGACAUAUGUCAAACACCGUGGAAUGUUAUGCUAAGUAGUCGUGUCCUCCUCCUCCCGGUCCCGAGCACUAAUACAGCACAACCACGGAGGUUCUUGCUCUUUGUCUUCCACUACUUGGAUCUUUUUUGCCCUGGCAGCGUUAGGAGAUACCUUUCCUCUCAACAAUUUCAGGCGGUAGAGGCAAGCCCUGGCCUUGUGUGCUGCACAGGUGGUCAAAACUACGAGGACAUCAAGUAGUGGUUCAUUGUUCAAU